AAGAGACAGCGCCGAUUGAAAUGAACGACGAUGAUUGCUUAUUGAUGUUGGCCGGCGAGAGGCUCAUUCAUCGGGAUGGAAGAUGAAGACGAUGGCGGUGAGUGUGGCUGAGCGAGUAAAGCGCCGGACGAAGCAUUCGGGCGGGCUGGACCGGACAAUUAGACGAGUCGGCUGCAGCGAGUGGGUGAAAUGAGCGUGAUGCAAUCAAAGGAAAAUGGAGGGAUUGAAACUCUUCGCUUGUUGCCGCAUCUGCAAGACAGCAAGCGGCCAAUUCCACUUGUGAAGAUUUACGAGGGAUGGCGACGGAUUUGUGUCCUGCCUGCGAUUUAUAACACGGCUGCCUGCGUCAGGAGGAAUUGGAAUUGAAAAGAAGCAUUUCAGACAAUUUCAGCCUUUUCCGUGUCUAUGUGAUCUGCCCCGGGAAGGUCGUUACUGGCUGAUGUCAGGGGCCGGCUCGUCGGGAGCGGGGCGCCUCGGACUGCGUUCAUUUAUUCUGAUUCGUCAAGUGUGCCGCAACAUGAAGACAGCUGCUUCAAAUUGAUUGUCACACUUGCAGCCCAGUGGAGAGAAGGAAAUGCUUCAGUCCCACCGGUCUCCUCCGUGGCACCGCCAUCGCUCAUCCGGCAGCUCGGAGCGGCGCGAGUGGCAACGCGUGAGGUGGCGUUGGUUUCGGCCAAACAGAAGGAAAAAGCUCUUCGUGGACCUCCUUCAUUCUCUGCCGCAAUCGCCAAAACGCAAGAACAACAAGCGAGAUCACAAUUUGGUUAACAUGCGGCGUUGGUGGACGGGCGUUCUGGUUGCCUUGAUUUCCAUGGCAACCCCGUCAACCUGCCAAAGCGGGGACGGCGAUUACGGCUCGGGCUUUGACGCGUACCCCGCCGUAACGGCCGCCGCCGACGAGCCCGCCUCGGAGGAGACGUGCUCGGUCCGCUUCGGCACCCGGGGCGCUUCGGCCCGCCUUCUGAAGGCUCGCCGGGAGGAGGUGGCCUUCCUGCAGGCCAUCCAGCACGCCAACCGGGCGGUGAUCGAGAACCUGGUCCAGUACGUCGGGGCGGAGCUGGGGGCCGAGAGCUACGAGGACGUGAUUCGGGCCAACGUCGCCGGCGCCCAGGAGGAGCACCGGAGCUGCCGUGAGGUGCUGGAGAAGGCUGAGGAAGACCUGGAGAAGCAGCUUCAAGGGGAGCUCCUGGACACCCUCGCAGGGAUGCAGAAAAUCCGAGAAGAGUCUGCGGCCUUUGAGGAAAUGCUGCGGGCGGCCACGGACAUCGCCGGGCGACUCGAGAGCUCGUCGCAAGGCCUUCACGCCUCCUUCGCCAAACAGCUGAGGGACACCAUCCAAGGCCACGUUUAAGACUCGCCCCGUCGUUCCACGGACAGACUUUUUUUCCCCCAGCGCCAUUCUGACGAACUGCGCAACGAUAUUUUCCAUCCAUACGUUAUUGCGGCAAUUAGGAGAGAAAACAUAUGAAAGCCAUCUCCUGUGUCAGGUCUGUAGACACUGUUGGUCUCCUCCGGAGCGAGGUGAAGCUCCGCCAUCUGGCGCUUCAUGUUGCCGCUGAGGCCGUGUCAUUAAAGAGGAACGACUUUUACUUUCCAAUAUGAAAACGUUCAACACUUUGAUGCUUGUAAAGUCAAUUUGGAGCUUUCUUUCUAAAUACACGCCACAUGUUGAGAACAAA